AUGCUCUGCUCCUCCCGCGCUCGCCUGCUUCAGCUGGUUCUGGUCGGCUUUGCCAUCAUCCCUACCUACGCCGUGAACGAUAUCUUCUCUGGAUGCUACACUAUCCUUCCAAGCGGAUCCGCCCUCUCCAGCCCUGCCACCCAGUCGAGCUCCAGCGCCUGCACACUCGCCUGCCCAAAUAACUCACAUUCCUACUACAAAGCCGACACACAAGCUUGCUAUUGCAGUAACGGCACACCGAACGAGCAAUAUCUCGUAGCGGGCAACAGGGACGGCUGCGGUACCAACUACGAGAACCGGAUCACCAAGACGUCGUUUAUGGAGGUUCAGCCGCUGUGCUAUGCGUCCAAACCGGCCGGGAUCACGACAGCUUCUAACCAGUAUCCGACAGGUCUAGGAGGAUGUUUGAAUGCGUGCAGGUUCUCGCUUCGAGCUCACUUCUUUGCGGACACACCUGGGAACAGAUAUGCGUGCUUCUGCGGGAUGCCAACUAGCUAUAGUAACCCAGUGACCUGCGGUCCAGAUACAUACUUUUCAUACUACCAUACACCCGAAGCGGCAGCGUCUGGACUGGCGAGACGUAACCGCAGAGAAGAAUUGGCGGCGAGAAAGGCGGAGCUGGCGAAACUGUUUUGUCCGCUGGGAAGGACAGCGUGUCGAGUACAAGGGGUGGAGGAUGCGUACGAGUGUAUCGACACCAAGACUGAGCUGGAAUCAUGUGGUGGUUGUCGGUGGGGAGAGUAUGCAUCGUCGGCUUCGUCGAACGUCACCAUAGGGGAGGAUUGCUCCUCAAUGACCGCCAUAGCACGGGGAGGGGCAACCUGUACCAACGGUAGAUGUACUGCCUUUGCAUGCCGGCGAGGGUAUGAGCUAGAGGGAGGGCGCAUAUUGGGACAGGGAGGCUCCAGUGCUCAUCGGUCGGUGUGGGUCCACUGCGACCAAUAUACGUAUACAAAGGCCCGAUCUGGUGAACAGCUUGCAGCAUAUCGCAGGGAUAACCAGGGAAGAAAGAGUAGCAAGGUGGGCGCAGCUCAGCUCCACGCAUCAGAGAUCGUGUCAUUGCUGGCUACCGUUCACUGCCGGCCUGGCAUGCGACGCACCCAAGGCACGAGCGAGCUUACUGUAAGAGCUCGGGCCCAGGCAGCUUGUAUGCCGGCUCCGUGA